CACUCUUGCCUUUACCCUUCUCAGUCCUCGACCAUCCCGCUCCUUCGUCAACCCCUCGCUGCCGCCGCCACCGCCGCCGCCGUCGCUGCACAAUUGCCAGCUCCCGUUCCUGCACGGCCAGAUUCGACAAUUGGACGAAAAGCUGCAAGCUGCCAUAGAUGACUCAGUCCAGAUCCAGCUAGUUCAAGACUUUCAAUCAAACUGGUAGCCAAGAACAAAAAGCCUUUGCGCAGUGGUAAAGCUGAGGUCACGGAUUCAAGUUGUGGAAACAGCCUCUUGCAAAAAUUGCAAGGAAAGGCUGCGUACAAUGACCCAAUGUGGUCCAACCCUUCCCCGGACCCUGCGCAAAGCGGGAGCUUCAUGCACCGGGCUGCCCUUUUUAUUCUACUUAGAGCAGCUAAUCUCUAUGGCUGGACAUGGUCAUUCUUCUUGGCAUAUGCUUUGAAGCCUUCUUUCUCUCGUGUUGCAGAUAGACAUACGAUCUUAAUGGGGCAUGACCAUAUCGCUCAUAUAAAGAAGCUCAUGGCGGAUGAUUCACUUGGUGAUAAUCCUCAGCCUCAAGACAGGAAAAGUUGUCAGGAACCUGGUUGCAAUGAAAUUGUCAACGGAAGGGGAGCGUACUGCAUUAGUCACACUGGAGCGUAUUCGUCACAACAGCAUAGUUACGUCCAGAGUGCACAUAAGAGCUCAGAUUUAUAUAUGUCCCCUGUUAAAGGUAACCAGUGUACCGAACCUGGUGCCAGUACAGUAACAUGCACUGAGCAAGAUAUACGUAUCAAGUAUGAAGGGGGUGAUCGAGACAAACUUAAGGAUAGCUCUGGUAACACCCAGGGCGAUACUGGAGUAGCAAUCAUCCAUGGAACUGACGUACUUUGCAAUCACGAGAACUGCACAAAGCAGGCCCAGGGUAACGCAUUAUACUGUAAGUUACACAGUGGUGGUAGUAAGGGUUGCUUGGUACGGGGCUGUAUGAAAGCUGCACAUGGUGGCACACCUUUAUGCAUUGGCCAUGGAGGAGGGAAGCGGUGCAUUGUUGCUGGAUGCCCAAAUGCAGCAUGUGGCCAAGGCCGUAGUGAGCAUUGUGUGAGGCAUGGUGGUGGCAAGAGAUGCAAAUUUGAAGGGUGUGCGAAGGGUGCACAAGGGAACACAGACUUCUGCAUCAGGCAUGGUGGGGGAAGGCGGUGCAAAUCUGAAGGAUGUACAAAGAGUGCACAAGGACGGACAGAUUUCUGUAUCAAGCACGGCGGGGGCAGUCGGUGCAAGUUCCAAGGAUGCAAUACAAGUGCAAAAUGGGGGACAGAUUCCUGCUCGGUGCACCGGAAGAGGUUGCCUGGCGAGGAUAAUGCUACCCCUGAAGCUUUGCCACUCCCAUCUGGAAAACGUCGUUCGGCCAAGAAACCCAAAAAGGCAGUAAAGCAAUCAGGAGUCUCCCAGGGGACUGUCACUUCUACUGUAUCUACAGCUGGAAGCAGCACACAAGCAAAGGGUGUUCAUGUGGCUACCAUGCCUUCAAACCGUGAAUUGUCACACAAGAUUGUAAUGGCAGCGGCCAUGGGUCCUACUCAAGUAUUACCACUCUCCAUGAAACCACCAACACAGUCUGGAAGAGUGGUUUCAGCAGAGGAUGCAGCAAAAAGCAGUGCGACGCUGAAUCUUUAAAAGAGACGGUGCGGGUGUAUGUGAAGGCUUGCAAUGCUGUCAAUCUCUGAUUCUUGAUUUGGACCGGGAGAUCUCAAAGCCAUAGGUGUCCAUAGUUACAAGUCGUCACUGUCAGCUGACACCGCUUUCUGUUUUGUCUCUUUUCAGUCUAACCUGUCAUUAUCUUUGUAUUCUGUAAUGUUGUGUGGUGCUUCGUAGAAUGGAAACUGCUGACUAUGUGAAGCUGUGGACGAUUAGCAAGGAAUUUGCAUCCUUUAUGUGUGCGAGAGACACUGAAUGGGCAGAACGUGGCAGGUGCUGCUUGUGAUACUAGUGCGUCUGUCGUGCAAACUGGAAAACGUUUAGAAGAUAACAAUUUGGUUAUUUGAGAUUC